AUGCGAGGGAUGCGAGUGGGUGACCGCGCGUUUUACUACCAUUCCAACUGCAAGGAGCCAGGCAUAGUGGGGAUCUGCGAGGUGGCCAGGGAGGCGUACCCAGACAGCACAGCGCUAGAUCCCAGCAGCAAGAAGCACGACCCCAAAUCCACGCCAGAAGAACCCCGCUGGUACAUGGUGGAUGUCAAAAUGGUGCGGCGUUUGGCGCGGCUGAUAUCACUGCAGGAGCUCAAGCGGCACAGCGAAGGGGCGCUGAAGGGCAUGGCGCUGCUUACUAAGGGGCGGCUGUCGGUGCAGCCGGUCACGCGGCAGCAGUGGGACUUUGUGCUGGGGUUGGAGGACAACCCCCCUGAGAAUACCUGAGAGAGAGGGAGUGAAUCGAGGGUCUGAGGGUUUCGCCAGCCAUGCGUCAUCUUGAGGUGCUCUCAACGAUGUGGUGAGUCGGUUUUGCAUUUGAAUCCCUUGACAGCUUCACUUGGUGCGGGUCCACUUGGUGCAUGCUGGAGUCAAGAUACUGACAUCCGAGAAUUCUUGAAGAUUAAAUGUGAAAUAAUAUUACGCAUUGCACUGAUCUCUUUGAGUAUGAGCAGUGCUCUCGGUAUGCUUCUUGAGAAAUUGCAUGGGUAGACAGCUCUGACCAGCCUUGCUAACAUGGUGAGCAUGAGGAUGCCUAAGCUUGGGCCACAGUGUGCCCUAUAGUGGCUGAUUAGAUGUAGGCUGCAGUAACUGUUGGCGCUGGAAGAUGCACAGUACAGUGAGAGCAACUUUUGAU